GUUCAAGUCUAGGUUCAGCUGGGCGCCUGUGGUUUCAGGCGCCUUAUGUCCUCCACAGUAUCAUAAAAUGUCUAAUGUUAUAGAACCAUUGAGUAUACUCAUAUUCAACAGGAUCAUGCAGUGCAAAGGCAAAGUAAGAUCUACAAUGGAAAGCAAUGUACAGUGUAUAAUACAUAAAGAUGUGAAGAGAGUGAAUUUAUGAGACAAGUUGCAACAUGUGCACAGCCUGACAGAAGCCUGUGUAACAGAUGCAUGGCUGCACAGACAUUGGAGGAGCAGAUAAGUCAACUAUCCAGCCAAUGGAUCCACUCUGAGCUGCUGCUGCCGCUUUGCAUACUGAGCCUCUGUCCAGCAGUCAUUACUCUUUACUCGAUUAUGACGGCAACACCAACACAGGAUGCCAUAUUAAACAGAACAUUCCUCAUCACCACAUGGGAUUUCUUCAUGGUGGUGUGAAACAGGACGUGUCAAACGCCAGACGAUGACGAAAUUCCCUGGUUUCGUAUUGUUUUUAUUUGCUCCAGUUGUGUGAUGUUGCAUCUGUUUUGCACCUGCCUCCUAUCCUUCUCCUUGCUGAUGGCGUCCUCCCAGGUGAGUGCCAGUGUGACAAACAGCUUCAAAGACUGCAGCCAAUUUUUCUACAUGCAUACCCCACCUGCAGGGGUGAAGGGGACCAGCCUGAGGAGGAUCUGCCAGAAGUAUGCAGACAAGCUGCGCUAUGCCACGUUGUAUGACAGCAGUCGCCGCCUCCCUCUCUACUCGGCCUACAUCUUUCAGAAGUCUGAUGGGAAGAGGAGGAUGGACACACCGUGGAUGUACGAGCCACAGUUGGUUUCUGAUGAUGAGAACGGCAACAUGAGAGCACUUCCCCUUACUGAAGACACACCCCCUCUUAUUGAGGACAGCCAAGCUGUGUUGGAGGACUACACAGACGCUGUAGAAUACAGACGUGGUCCACUGAAUCCUGACCUGCACCAAUCAGAGCCAGAUGACAAAUCGUCUACAUAUACUCUCACCAAUGUAGUCCCAUUAAUCCCGAACUUCCUGGACACUUCCUGGAACCCAUACUUGGACAUUAUCCGUCGUCGCCUCAACAACUUCUGCCAUGGCAAAUCCUUCGUGGUGACAGGGGUGACCGUUUCUGGGGCAGCCAUCCAGCGAGAAAACAGGGACCGCCUGGCAAUCCCGAAACACUUAUGGCUGGCUUAUUGCUGCCCACGGUUUGACCGUAACUCUCCCUAUGAGGUCAGGUUCAUGUUCCCUAGUUAUGGGGGCUAUGCACUGAAUGGACAGACUGACCAGAGUGUGGUGGAAGUCCCUCUGAAGACACUGGAGAGCUUCCUGAAGAGCAAGACAGACAUAGACAGUGACCUGACAAUUUUUUACAAGGGCUGUGUGUCAGAAAACACCUUCAAGAAGAAGAGAGACCUGACCAGUGUUUCAGUAUGAUGGGACAUCUUGAACUGGAUGUCAUGGAUGAAGCCAAUGAUGAAAUGCAUCUACUGUAUAAACAUGACUCAAAUCUUUGAUUGAAGCAGUUUUAAGUAGUCCUGGUGUCACAUGUUUUGGAAUUAAAUUAUUAUUAAACUACUACUGUUAAAUUGGAAUUACAUUGGAAUUGUAUUAUAAGUAGGAAAAGAGCCAUUUUAUGACAAACACAGCUCUUAAUGUUAACUAAAGGAAAUAAGGUGCACCUGCACAUUAGAGGGCACUGUAGGAAUUUAGUAUCACACUUCAAUAAAGCUGUGGGACUUACAGAGAGAGAAUAUAAAUAGAAUUAUCAAAAAGCUAAAAGUAGCAGAGCCUGAGAUUUCCUGACUUCCACAAUCAAGUAUCUCCCAGGCCCCCAAAACACUAGAUCCUACGUUUCCUAUCAUGCAACUCUAAUUCAUACAAGUCAUAAAACGCAAGAAGUACAACAACAUGUGGAGGAGAAGUGACUCCACAUGUAGGCCAUGUCAGAUUAGCCCCUGGAUUUCAUGGGCCAAAUGUUGAAACAAUUCAAACAAUGUUCCUGAAAUUCUCUACCUCAUUUUGGGUCUAUGUGGCUUACUGCUUCUAAGAAAUGUGUCUAUUACUGUAUAUAUCGCAGUGCUGAACAAAUGAAGCUUCACUGUGUAAAUAUUUAGCAAACUGAAUUUUUAAAAGAUAUUACUGAGUGAAAAUAAACGUAUAUCUAUGAGUAAUAUGUACACAAAUGAGGUAUAUUGUGUGAAAAAGGUGCUAAAACAUUUUCUUUAUGGGGAGUUUAGCCCAUGUAGUGGAUUGAACCUGUGACGUUCUGUGGUCCAUCCUGAACUAAUCAGACUUUUGCAUUUCACAGGAUGAUCAGCAAAUGCAAUAUACCACUUAAGAAAUCGUCUUUCAUGGCCCUCAGUAGUGCCUCUAUAACUAUGUGUCCAGGUAAUAUAUUGGAUAUAAUAGGGUUCCUGUAUGUGAAUGGAUUAUGAGUUAAAUAUAUUUAAAACAGGAUGACACUGAGAAUGUUUAGUGUGGAAAGUUUUUUUUAUCUAUCUUUACUAAAAUUGUAACAAAAUCUGU